AUCUGGGAUGCCACCACUGGCGAGCUGAAGCGGACGAUCAAAGGACACAGCGACGCUGUGCGAUCGAUCUCGUUCUUUCCUGACAGUGCCUCGAUUGUGUCUGGAUCCAACGACAAGUCAGUCCGUGUUUGGGACGUUUCCACUGGCCGACUGUGUCUGUCGAUGGACAAGCACGGCGAUGAAGUUCACUCUGUGGCUGUUUCAGCGGACGGGUCCACGAUUGUGUCUGGUUCGAGCGACAAACGCAUCAUGGUCUGGGAUGCCACCACGGGUCGGUUGAAGCAGACCAUUGAGAGAGGCAGUGACCACGACGAUGAUUUUGACGAUGACGAUGAUCAUGAUUUUGAUGAUGAGGACGACGAGAUGGAUGACGGCGGCAACGUGGUCAACAGUGUUGCUGUGUCGGCCAAUGGCCAAGUGAUUGUGUCUGGCUUCGGCGAUGGCGCGAUCGAGAUCUGGAAGUCAUCCACGAGCGAGCGAAUCACACUUGAUGGACACAGCGAAGAUGUGACCUCGGUUCAGAUCUCGUCCGAUGGCAGGACCAUUGUCUCUGGCUCGUGGGACAACACCAUCAAGAUCUGGGACGCAGAAUCGGGUCAGUUGAAGCAGACUCUCGAGGGCCACAGCAACUGGGUGAACUGUGUGGCGAUAUCGGUGGAUGGCGCAAUGGUUGUGUCGGCCUCCAGCGACGAGUCGAUCAAGCUGUGGGAUGUCGACACAAGCGGCAUUCUGCCAAACAAAGCCACCAGUCAAACCACCAACUCAACCACCAGCCAAACCACCACCGAGCACACUGCCGAUACCAUCAAGAUCUGGGACGGACACAGUGGCCAGUUGAUCCACACUCUCGAAGGCCAUGACACCGGCGUCAAGUCGAUCAACCUGUCCUUGGACGGUGACUUGCUCGAGUCCACUGACUGGCAAGACAACCGCACACUGUGGAUCAGACACAACGGAUGCUUUGUCCAGUCGGAAGUCUCGGGCGAGGAACUCCUGAAAGUCUCCACAGAUCCACUGGCACUCUCGACUGUGUGGGAGAAGGUUGACAUCCCGCAGUGGAUACGGCAAGGAGAUCAGAUGUGCAAGGUUCCACAUGGAAUGUACGAGUGGAGCUGCCACCAAGUCAACAAAUACGGGACAUUGAUCAUGAUGAAUCGACGGCCGCUGGUGAUCCUGACACGUUUCAGUCUUGGCUACCUCUUCAUGGCCCGCGGAAAUGAAGGAGAUCUGAGCAAGGCGUUUGGAUGCUUCAAGCGUUGUGCCUAUUGGGGGCUAUCUGAGGCACAGAUGCGUGUUGCAGAGUGCUACGAACAAGGUCGUGGGACCGACAGCGAUGGAUUUGCAGCAAGACAUUGGUUCAGUCAAGCAGCACAAAAUGGGCAUCCCGGCGGACAGUUCCAUCUCGGACGCUGCUGGGAGAAUGGGAUCGGUGGAUCGAUCGAUCUCAGCGAAGCCGUCACUUGGUACCAGAAGGCAGCUAAUCAAGGCUACGCUCACGCUCAAUAUCAUCUCGGUCGGUGUCAUGAAGAAGGAACUGGAGUGCGUAUCGAUCCCGUUGAGGCCAUGAUAUGGUACCAGAAAGCCGUGAUCCAAGGUCAUUCUGAUGCUCGGCUUCGUUUUGGUCAAUGCUUUGAACGCGAAAUUGGAGUGGAGAUGAAUUUUGAUGCAGAAAGUAACUGGGACCAGAGAGCUUCGAAUCUCGACCACGAUAAAUCUCGCACUCGAUAUGCCUUUGUUCGCGGUUGGAUCAACUUUAUCGGUCUUGGCGUCCCUCAAGAUGACUCUAGUGCUCUCAAAUCCUGGGAAGAGGCCCAUGCCAACUCCACCGACUCCAUCUACCACACUAUUUCCACACAUAUGCUUGGCUGGAUGCACUAUCUUGGCCGUGGAACUGAGCGAAAUCAAGAGCUCGGCAUCAAGUUGAUCCGAGCCAUUCAAAGCACCAAGUUCCCGCUUCGAGAUACCAGUUGUAUCGCGCCGUCGCAUUGGUCCACAACAAGCCUCGAUUCGGAGGAAACUCGAACGUUCUUCAAGCUGUGUCGAUUGGGAUCGAGCAGUGAGUGGCUCUGUAGACACCUCUUUGCUAUCUGUCUUAUCCAAGGAUUAGGAACCACGAUAGAUCAGACCAAAGCUGCAAGAAUCUUCGAGCAACUCGCCAAUGAUGGCCACGCCGAAAGUCAAAUAUGGAUUGGAGAGUGUUACAGCCGCGGCUUGGGAGUCAAAGCGGAUAUCUCCGUAGGGUUUCGAUGGUUACUCAAGUCGGCCAAGCAGAGCAGCUCCUAUGGGCAAUGGAUGGUUGGCAGGUGCUAUCGCUAUGGAUGGGGAGUCAAUAAGGACCGCAUUGCGACAGCCAUGUGGCUCCAGAUGUCGGCCGACCAAGGGAAUCGAUAUGGGCAAGUAUAUAUGGGUCGAUACUACGAAGAAUCUUGGGGUGUCGCCCGGAACAUUGCUAAGGCGAUCGAAUGGUACCGCAAAGCCGCAGACCAGGGAUGCCAAUCAGCCCAAGAUCGGCUGCGGAUACUGCUCGGAUAGACUUUCUCACAUAGCCACCAGAGUUUUUCCCCCAAGAGGCUCGUUUUGCCAUGUGCAGCGUGCUGAUAUAACAGUGGGACA